AGCUUGUCCCUGCCAUCGUGCUGCCAUGAAGAUGUGGGGACCCUGAUGCGUUACACACUUCCUGUGAUGGACAGGGGGGGCAGAUACCCACAGCCUGAGCCGCUACACGGAGCUAGUGGGAUGUGCUCUACGGCAGCUGUGCAAUACCAGCCAACCCAAUCGAAUGCGGAGACCCCGGCGCUGGCUGGCUUCCUGUGGAAACAUUGCACAUUUUCAUCUGCUCAUUGCUUGCCCCAUGCUCCUCUCACCAGCCCAAAUCCGUUGGGUUUUGACAACCAGGCAGAAUAUUACAAUGGUCCAGUCACACAGAACAAUUCGUCUUCGUUUGGCGACAGCUUAAUAGACAGCCCGGACUUUCUGGACUCCUGUUACCUCAAUGAGCCAUCCAGUCACCCCAUCCUUGGUUCCCCUCCUGAUUCAUUGUCAGACAUCACUGACACCCAAGAUUUCCUGCCAGCUGACAGCCUCAGCCUUGUACCAACAAUAUGGGAUUUUCCUUCUCAGGACUCCAUCUCCACUCAGCUCUUCCCACAAAACCACCGUCCUUUCCUUGGUUUGGACAGCUUAGAGGACCUGCAGGCUAUAAUCAGCACACCUGCAGUGCAACCACAGAUUCAAGAGACUGCAGAAGAAGAAGAGGAAGAUGAAGACACAGAGGAACUGGGGCACACGGAAACCUAUGCGGAUUAUGUGCCAUCUAAAUCUAAAAUUGGUAGGCAGCAUCCUGACCGUGUGGUGGAGACCAGCACAUUGUCCAGUGUUCCUCCACCGAAUAUUACUUACUCGCUGUCCCUUCCUAAUUCUAUUAUUGACAGAGGUCUGCUGUCUGCUUUGCAACUGGAAGCCAUUAUAUAUGCUUGCCAGCAACAUGAGGUAAUACUCCCAAGUGGACAAAGAGCUGGAUUUUUAAUUGGAGAUGGGGCCGGAGUAGGGAAAGGACGUACAGUUGCGGGGAUCAUUUUGGAAAACUUCCUCAAAGGAAGAAAGAAAGCUUUAUGGUUCAGUGUAUCCAAUGACCUACGCUGUGAUGCUGAACGGGAUCUCCGAGACAUCGAUGCCACUUGUAUUCCAGUACAUGCACUUAGCAAGAUUAAAUAUGGAGACACUUCAGCUUCAGAGGGCGUCCUGUUUGCUACUUACUCAGCACUUAUUGGGGAAAGUCAAGCAGGGGGACAACACCGGACCCGCAUUAAACAAAUCAGAGACUGGUGUGGGGAGAACUUUGAUGGAGUGAUUGUGUUUGAUGAAUGUCAUAAAGCUAAGAAUGCGUCCUGCACCAAGAUGGGCCGCGCUGUUCUGGAGUUGCAGAACAACUUACCUCUGGCACGUGUAGUGUAUGCAAGCGCCACAGGUGCAUCUGAACCCAAGAACAUGAUUUACAUGAGCCGUUUGGGCAUCUGGGGUGAAGGAACAUCUUUCAGCACUUUUGAGGAGUUCCUACAUGCCAUUGAAAAGAGGGGUGUGGGUGCCAUGGAGAUUGUUGCCAUGGACAUGAAGGUCAGUGGGAUGUAUAUUGCAAGGCAACUCAGCUUCUCUGGAGUCACCUUCCGGAUUGAGGAGAUUCCUCUGGAUGAGCCAUACAAACAAAUGUACAACAGGGCUGCCCAGCUGUGGGCAGAGGCAUUGACAGUUUUCCAAACGGCAGCAGACUGGUUAGGGUUGGAGUCCAGGAAGUCAUUAUGGGGGCAGUUCUGGUCUGCUCAUCAGAGAUUCUUCAAGUAUUUGUGUAUAGCGUCAAAAGUGCGUCGUCUUGUGAUGCUAGCCAAGCAGGAACUGGCAAAAGAUAAGUGUGUGGUUAUUGGCCUGCAGUCCACUGGAGAAGCUCGUACCAGAGAAGUAAUGGAUGAAAAUGAUGGCCACUUGGAUUGCUUUGUAUCAGCAGCAGAGGGUGUCUUCAAGUCCUUGAUCCAAAAACAUUUCCCUUCAACCAAGAGGAAACGAGAGAAAGGCCUGCUUAAGAGAAAACGAAAAGGAAAGCCACGCAAUGGAAAAUUGUCCCGUGCUGAUCCUUUUGGUGUAAUCCGGAUCAGUGAAGAGAGUAGUUCAGAUUCUGAAGGCGGACUAGACAGUGACUCCAACUCAUCUCCUGAGUCGUCAAUGGACAAUGACGAUGUCAUCUUUGUGGAGCACACUCUGAAUGGCCUUGUUAUGCCUGACCGUGGACCAGAGCAGGUAGAACUCAUGAAAAAAGAUUUACUGGCCAAGGUCCAGGCAUUGGGGAAGGAGUUGCCUCUCAACACACUUGAUGAGCUCAUAGAUCAAUUUGGAGGUCCAGAAAACGUGGCUGAGAUGACUGGUAGAAAGGGACGCGUGGUCCGUCGAGCCGAUGGGUCUGUGCGGUACGAGUCUCGUGCUGAGCAUAAUCUAUCCAUCGAUAAUGUCAAUCUCCGGGAAAAGGAACGCUUUAUGAAUGGAGACAAGCUGGUGGCAAUAAUUUCUGAAGCAUCAAGCUCCGGAAUUUCUCUCCAAGCUGAUCGCCGCGUGCGAAACCAGCGACGGAGAGUCCACAUGACAUUAGAGCUGCCGUGGAGUGCUGACAGAGCUAUUCAACAAUUUGGACGCACACAUCGCUCUAACCAAGUGUCUGCCCCUGAGUAUGUCUUCCUGAUCUCAGAGCUUGCAGGAGAGAGGAGAUUUGCUUCUAUUGUUGCAAAGCGAUUGGAGAGCCUGGGUGCGCUGACUCAUGGGGACCGCAGAGCAACAGAAAGUAGAGAUCUCAGCAAAUAUAACUUUGAGAACAAGUAUGGGACACGUGCUCUGGAGCAGAUCCUUUCGGCCAUCUUGAAUCAGACUCAGAGAGAUGUUGCUCCUCCCCAGGGAUACCCAGGAGGUCCUGCCACCUUUUUCCAGGAUUUAAAACAAGGGCUUCUCUCGGUUGGCAUUUGCUGCAAGGAGACCAAGUAUAAUGUUGUUGUUGAUAAAGAAUGUUCAGUCACCAAGUUCCUAAACCGGAUGCUGGGCCUGGAAGUUCAUAAACAAAACAGCCUCUUCCAGUUUUUCUCUGAUACCUUUGAUUUUCUCAUCCAAAAGGACAAAAGAGAAGGGAAAUAUGAUAUGGGAAUUUUAGAUUUGGCCCCUGGGGUGGAUGAGAUCUACCAAGAGAGCAAAGAGAUUUUCAUGACUCCCGGUCACCCUCAGGAUGGGCAGGUUGUGUUCUACAGAAUAAGUGUGGACCGUGGCAUGAGUUGGGAUAAAGCUCUAGAUAAAUCACUCCAUUUGCAAGCUCCUAAUGAGGGAUUCUACAUGUCAUAUAAGGUCCGUGGUGAUAUGUACUCUGCAGUUUUGGCAGAACAUCGGCAUGGGAAGCACUUCAACCUGUACAAACCAAACAUUGGAAAACAAAGCCAGCCCGAGACUUUGGACAGUCUCCUCAGCAAGUACCACAAGAUUUCUGCAGAGGAGGCACAGCAGCAUUGGGAACGACAAUACAUUUUCUCCUUUAGCAACUGCAGCCAUACUAUGUGGAAUGGCAAUUGUAAAGGAGUACAACAGGGGAAGGAGUGUGUCCAGGGAUUACGUCUUAGGCAUUACUACAUGUUGUGUGGAUCCCUGCUGCGAGUGUGGAGCCGCAUGGCAUCUGUAAUGUCUGACAUUACCAGCAGCAGCUACCUACAGAUUGUCCGUUUAAAAACCAAAGACAAACACAAACAAGUUGGCAUUAAGAUCCCAGAGAGCUGUGUGCAGAAGGUAAAGGAGGAACUGAAACAGAUGGAUCUGAAUGUAAAGCGCAAGCAUGAGGAAUCUCGUCAGAACGCAGAGCUUUUGUCUGCUCCAUAUUCACUCCCCACAUCCAGUCCCCUGGACCUCUCCCUGCCUUACAACCAUACUCAAAGCCCCCUACUCUCUAGUACGCAAGAGUUUUGGGCAGGUACCUCUUACUCUGAAGGUCUAGGAAACAUUCUUUCAUCUUCUUCAAACAAUCACUUAAAUGUUAGGGAAAUUAUAGAGGAGAUGCUACAAAAAGUAAAAGCACCUGACCCGACAGCCUCUGAUCGGCAGAGUGUUAUCCAGUAUGGGGGUGAGCAGAGCAGCUUCUGGGAGACAGGCUGAAGCAUCAUUCAGUGUUCGUUAUUGCAGACCUGCAGAACUGGCCCCAAGUCGGCUUCAGCAGUCCUAUAUCUUUGUGGGAGAAGCCUCGAUGCCAGUGUUUGGAUCUUUCCGGUUUACAUCAGAAAAACUGAAAAGGGCCCCCAAAACCUUUUUUACCCUCAACACAACAUGGGCUGCAUGAAUGUAGACAUUUGGGUAUGAUUCACAAUGCAGCAAGCAGUGUCCUACUCUCUGAAGAUACAGCUUUCCAUUUUCCAAAUGGUACAUAGCAUCAAGUAGAGACUUAUUCUGACACCCACCCUACCUAUGUGCUCAUUCUGGGGGCUGCCACAAGUGAAUUUCCCAUUUAUUGGACCUGUACAAAGCAUUCUGUGGAGCCAUCACACCUUUACUGGGGUCAUGUGUUUUUCUUUUCUUUAGCCCUCAGAUGUUCAUGAGCCACCAAGUACCGUUAGGACAGAUAUUAGGAUUGGUUUCCAUUUUUUUCAGUUACUGGCUCUAUUGGUGUCCAGGAGUUGACUUCUCACAGCGCUCAGCACUUUAUCCUCUUCUCUGCCGAACAUUACGCAUUGCUGGCAGAAGUCAUACAGAGCAAUACAGCAUUUAGUAGUAUGAUAAUUCACGGAUGGGUGGAGAGACGGACUGGGGGGACUCAUCUUUGCAUAACAUCAACCUUGCUAGUCUUUGCACUACCCCCCAUGUGCCCUUCUCUGUGUGAAUGGUAGUGACCUGGGUGUCAGCUCAGGGUAUAUAUAGAAUAUAAUAUAUAUAUAUAUAUAUAUAU